GAGGAAAUACAGCAAAAUACAAAUCGCAUUUAUAAACGAGAGCAAGCUCGACUGUCCAAACACAAGAUUAAAACCUUUGUGAAUUUUACUGGUCGCAACAUAUCAAUCGCAGAUUUGCGCGAAUUUGUAGCAAAUGCUGAAGUGGAUCCCUCGAACGUAUUCGAUGAAUUUAUUAACUUGACAGCUCAGACGGAAGAAAGUAGUUAUUCUACUAAUACAGCCAUGGCAGAUGCAAAUGAUGAGAAAAACAGAUAUAACAACGUUUUCCCAUAUGAUAAGAAUCGUGUUGUACUUCCGGUCAUAAACAAGGACAAGAAUUCAGAUUAUAUUAACGCUAGUUUCAUCGACGGAUAUACAAUUCCAAAGAAGUACAUCGCUGGUCAAGGUCCAUUAUCAUGUACGGUAGAAGAUACAUGGAGGAUGAUUUUGACAGAAAGGAUCAGUGUUGUUGUCAUGCUUACCAAUCUGUUCGAAGAAUCGAAAAGUAAAUGCCACCAAUAUUGGCCAGAUAAAUUGAACGAGAUCGUCCACUAUGGGGAACACAUUGUCAAGAUUGCUGAAGAAGAACACUAUGCAGAUUUCGUGCUUAGAAAAUUAAACUGUUCAAAGGUUGGUUUUAAAGAUGUACACUUUGUUACCCAUUGUCACUUCACUUCUUGGCCUGACAGAAACGUACCAGAUACAGCUCUGUCUUUACUGCAGUACUGGCGCAAAGUACGAUCUGUCAAUAUCAAACAGCAGUUUCCGUGGUUUGUCCAUUGCAGUGCUGGAGUGGGUCGUACCGGGACCUUCAUAGCUCUAGAUUACCUGUACGACCAAGGGACGACGGAAAAACAGGUGAACGUGUUCGACGCCGUUCUAAGACUCAGGGAGCAGAGGGUCAAUAUGGUGCAAACACAGCUGCAGUACCUGUAUCUUCACGACGUAUUAUGUGAGGCUCUGUGUCCAAUUGGGGACGUUGUAACACAACAAACGUAUGUUGAUAACAGACUCUCAACAGAAACACUGAAUGAUGAAUACAGGGAGAUGGGAAAAUCGUAUCUUCCUGACUAUGAAAAUGUUGAUAACGAUCAUGAUUGUCUCGAGAAAUUCUAUGGUGAAAAACCUGAAAAUAAGCAGAAAAACAUGGAUCCUACUUUAAUUCCGGAUGACAAAUUCAGACCAGCAUUGAAAUUAUCUGUACAGUUAGAGGGACAUAACGACUACAUAAAUGCUGUACAUGUAUCGAGUUUUCUGGAACAAAACAAACUCAUUUUAACACAAUCUACGAAGUUCAGCACAGAAAUAGAUUUUGUUCGUUUGCUUCACGACCAUAAUGUUAAAGAUGUUGUGACAUUUUGUGAAAAGGUUAGCCCCUUCGUUCCGGUGGGAGACAGCGUCCUUUUGCUCGGUUCGUUUACAGCUAUACCGCUGUCAAACAUAAGUAGGGGAACUUAUGUCGAGUAUGUUGUCAGAUACAAACAUAUAGAGCAAAAAAGUUUCGAUGUUCGUGUCUUUCACUUUUUGAAGUGGCCCAAAGAUGCUUAUGUUUGCAAAGCUGAUGAUUUGCUGAAAGUCAUUAUUGCUGUACAGGAUUAUUCAAAGAAUGGACCGGUUGUGAUACAGUGCAAUGACGGUUUCACCCGCAGUGGUAUGUUUGCGGUCAUGUGGUGCCUGCUUGAAAGAAUUAAAUGUGAAGGGAACGUGGCUGUUGCAGAAACCGUGCGAAUGGUCAGGAAAAGAAGAAAGCAAGUUAUUACUAGCGAGGAGCAAUACCGAUUCUGUCACGAAUGCAUUCGAACAUUCGUGGAAGGUUGCAAUUUAUAUAUGAAUGAUUUUGAAGUCAAAUAGCGCACAUAAUACCUUAUAAGCCAUUAACGAAGCAAAAAUUUACAACAUAUACACGAAUAACUGUGUGUGUACAUCGAUUACAGUUUUUCAAAAAUCGUUUAUAAUUGGCCGUUUCGUUAUCGACGUAUGGUGGCCCUGAAUACGUUUAUGCUGGAAGCGGCCAUCUGUAUAGUACAUAGUGUAAAAAAUACCUUCAUUACUUUAAAAUGUUUUCAUAACGAAAAGGUUAUAAUUGCGUUUUCAGAAUGGGUAUCUAACACGACGCUUUGUUGAACAUGAAUCCGUGUUUUAAAUGCUUUAAUUACAAUUUAAUCUCUGCGAAAAUAAAUUGUGUAAUAACGAAACUAAGACAGCAAAUAAAUGAAAUACGUGUACGUAUGAAAAGUAGAUCCAGACUUUGUUCACUGAAAAAAUGAAAAAGAAACUAUUUCAACUAUUAGAAAAAGAACAACAAUAAAUUUAAGAAAAAAAGUAUUCUCUGUAUUAAAUAGAUAAACUUACAUGAUACAAAACUUACUUGUGCAGAUGACCAACUACGUCUAGAAUUCACAUGAGCACUUGCGAACUAGUAACUAUAAGACUAUACAUAAGAAUAUGUAUACAUAUCUAUUACCAAUCAAAAUAUUCGCAGUAAAAUGUUUGUUAUUUGAUAUGUUUUUUAUUUGUUUUGCUGUGAACCACACUAUAUACAAACCUAUUCAUUCCAUGUAUGUUUGUAUUACAGAAUCAUGUUAUUAGGCCUUGCUAUGUAUUUUUAUUUUGACCAUCGACCACUGCAGCUAGACAGCCUUUGUACUUUAUUAUUACUAUAAAUAUGUGUACAUUAAUUAGCUGCCUCAAUGAUUAUUGUACAUAGGUUUAUAUUGGCUCAUAAAAGUAUCGAGCUAUAUAUUAUGACAUCUAUGUAGUAUAUGGAAUUAUGUUUCACGUCAGGUUUAGAAGUUUAUAGCUCUUUAAUAUCAUUUUUAUAAAAGUAUAGUAUAUUUGAUGACUGAUAUGUGUGCAGUGAGCUUACCACGGGAUGAAUUGCACGAGCCGCCAUACAUUGUUUUGUAUUUAUUUAUGAUUGCAUGUUGCCCUUUGCUAUCAGUAAAUGCUUGAGGUAUCGAAACCUUGAUUGCGGCAGUUAUAUCUAUACGGCGCAGUGUAAUAAUCUACCUGAUUAUAUUCACGGUUCUCAUUGUGUAGUUUUAUUGCAUGCACAAAUUAUGAUUGUGCAAGAGGUUCGAUCAAUAACUUUGCCCUAGCUGAUAACAGAACUAAUAAAUUAUAACAAGGUAGUUUAAAUACGCGGCAUUAUGUGUGUAAAAACCAAGGACGAAUUGCUAUUUUGAGGUAUAAAGAAUGUUUUGACAUGCUGACAAAGACUUUCCACGAAGGCUUACCUAAUCGUUGGGUUAUUUUUUAUGUGGCAUAAAUAACAUGUGUUUAUUUUUAAAGCUAUUUAAACAAACUUUAUUUUUAAAUGUGUUUUAUAUUGCUUUGUAAAGUUAAGUUUUUUAUAUUAUCAUAUGCUUCUGUAAAUUAAUAGAAAGGCAAAUUAUGUUUAUGUUGUUUAUACUUAACACACACGUAUGCACACACUUAAAAGUACAGCUUACUCGCAUUGUAACGCUCAGUUCAUAAACAGACCAGUAUGUAAUUAGUAUAUCACCUGAUGUUCAUUAUAAUUUAAGUUGUCGUGUUCAUGUUGCAUAUAUCUUAUAUAUUAUUGUGUUUAUAUUUCACAAUGUGUGCCUUAUCUGAACGUUGCAAUGCCGCAAUAAUCAUCACGUACGCCUUUAUACUGUAUUCGUGUCAGAUUCAUGAUGAGCCACAGUAGACCAUACUGUCGCUAAUGGGGGCAUUGAAAUCACAAUGAAUAGCACUUGUUGAAAAACGCAAAUAGUAAGGGUGAUUAUCCACGCACGGGCAGGGUACAAGCCUCUGUGGUAUAUAAUCAGGCUAGGGAAAUGUUCUUAUGCUUGUUUGGUAACUUCAGCACCGUUUGUUUAAAAAGACUCGGACUUUAGUUACCGUAGUUUAGUGUCAUUUUAAUCUUACAUAACUAGUGUGUCUUCAACUUCUUAAUAAUACUAUUAUAACGUUAAAAAUAUUAUGACUAUGCCUUGUUUGCCGUAUCUCGCAAAUACGCCCUGUCAUCGCCACGGCAAUUUAGUACCACUAAUUAAGUAUUUAUGAAGUACCCCUAACUAUGUGAUUAUCAUUUCCUCAUGAAAAAAAUAACCUUAUGUUUUGUAAAAUGAGUGCAUGUUAGUUUCAUCUCGUAUUAUCGUGCCAUUAAUCAAAUAUUUCUUAAAUAA